CUCCAACCUUCCAACUUUAAAUUUUGUUCCUUAAUUUUGACCGUUGCUUUUCUCAACGUCUCUCUCUGUUCUGUCUCUCCGUGUCUCUGUGAUCAAACUUCCAUCGUCUUAUUCUCGCCCGCAAUAAUUAGCAGCCCGGGAAAUCCUUAUGAAUCUGAAGAGAACUACACAAGGAUACCACUUUGAUUUCCAUUUCAGUUCGAGCCUAAAGAAUUCCUGAGUGAAGAGGGAAAUCAAAAGUGGGAGAUGGGAUGUUCCACAUCAAAGCUGGAUGAUGAAGAGGCAGUUCAGCUUUGUAAAGAUCGGAAGAGAUUGAUAAAAGAGGCUGUUGAGCAGAGAAGUCGAUUUGCCUCUGGACACAUAGCCUAUAUUCAGUCCUUAAAAAGAGUUUCAGCUGCUCUUCAUGAUUAUAUCGAAGGGGAUGAGCCUCGUGAGUUCUUAUUAGAUUCAUUCAUAACCCCACCUGUAAAGAAAUCCAGUCCUGGUUUCAUCACUAUAUCAUCCAAAACCUUAUCAUCAACACCAAUUCAGUCUCAGCCUAAUUCAUGUUUGAAAAUAAAUUACCUAAGACCGGGUGGGGAGCCAGCUGUAUUUGUUGAGGAGAGACCUCAAUCACCAGAGACUGUCCGAGUUGAAACUUACUCGCCAAUGCACCCUUAUGGCAUUGAUGGCUUUUUUGGGACACAAUCCAUGAGUUCUUCAUUCUUCUCUUAUUCCCCUAACAAUGGACCCAAUAUUCCUCCAUCUUCACCUCAAACAUCCCAAUGGGAUUUCUUUUGGAAUCCAUUUUCAUCAUUGGACUACUAUGGCUACCACACACGUAGUAAUCUUGAUCAUACAGUCAUGUAUGAUGAUAUUAGAGGUCUUAGGCAGGUCCGAGAAGAAGAAGGGAUUCCAGAAUUAGAAGAAGAAACUGAACAAGAAGAAUCUGAUUAUAAGGUAAACCUGACCGAUGAAAGAACUAAACCUGAUAUAAAUUUCCCAAGGGAAGGAAUUGUUGAAGAUAUCGAUGAGGAUGAGGAUGAAGAUGAAGACGAAGAUGAUGAGGAAGAAAUAGAUGGUGAAACUGAAACUGAGCAUCAGGAGGCAGGCUUACAAUCGCAUCGUGCAACCAUGGAUGUAUCAAAAGCUCAAACCACGGGAAAAGUUGAAAUUAACAAUAAAGAAAUGGCAAUCGGAGAUCAAGAAUCCAAGGAAGAAACACCAGGUUUUACUGUUUAUGUUAACCGCAGGCCAACAAGCAUGACAGAAGUUGUCAAGGAUCUUGAAACUCAAUUCAUGAUUGUUUGCAAUUCAGCCAAUGAGGUUUCGGCAUUGUUGGAGGCUAGCAGAGCUCAUUAUGCAUCAACCAACAAUGAACUCACACCCUUGAAAAUGUUGAACCCAAUAGCUUUAUUCCGCUCAGCUUCAUCUCGUUCGUCCUCAUCAAGAUUUUUAGUUAAUUCUUCUAGUUCUAGAGACGAAGGAGAUGAAAGCAGUAGUGACUAUUCGGAGGAAUCUUGCUUGUGUUCAGGUAGUCACCAAUCAACAUUGGACAGAUUAUAUGCUUGGGAGAAGAAACUCUAUGACGAAGUCAAGUCUGGCGAAAAGGUUCGAAUUGCUUAUGACAAGAAAUGUAUGCAACUCAGGAACCAAGACAUCAGAGGAGACGACCCCACUGCAGUUGAUAAAACAAGGGUAGCCAUCAGAGAUCUGCAUACCCAAAUAAAGGUUUCGAUGCACUCAGUUGAAGCUAUUUCGAAGAGGAUCGAAGCUCUAAGGGAUGAAGAAUUGCAGCCUCAACUUCUUGAAUUAGCACAAGUGUUGGCAAGGAUGUGGAAAGUAAUGGCAGAAUGUCAUCAGUCACAGAAGCGGACAUUAGACGAAGCCAAGCUAUUACUAGCAGGAAUGCCUUCAAAAAUAUAUGCGAAAAAACACUAUUACAUGUCAUUAACUGAGCCUCACAGGCUGGCCCGUUCAGCUGCCAAUCUUGAGACAGAACUCAGGAAUUGGCAAGUCUGUUUUGAGUCAUGGAUCACUUCUCAACGAUCCUAUGUGCAUGCUCUAACUGGCUGGAUACUCCGGUGUGUCCGGUCUGAUCCUGACACUUCAAAAGCACCUUUCUCUCCUAGCCGGUCCAGCGGAACCCUUCCAAUAUUUGGACUUUGCAUCCAAUGGUUGAAAAUCUUCAAUGAGAUUCUAGAAACACCAGUGCUUGAUGGACUUGACUUUUUUGCAGCUGGGAUGGGGUCUCUCUAUGCUCAGCAGCAAAGGGAGGAUUCUCGUCGUACACCAUUUGGAUCAAAGAGAAAUGGUUUGGAGGAAUUUGAAGGGAAUAUGAAAAUGGUGGAGGUUGGUCAGGUUGAAGAAGAAGGAAUGACAGCCGAGAAAAUGGCUGAAGUUGCAAUAAGGGUGCUUUGUGCUGGAAUGUCAGCUGCUAUGACCUCACUGACAGAAUUCUCAAUCACUUCUGCUGAGAGAUACGAAGAACUCGUUAAGCAAUGGGAAAAUACCAAGAGGCUACACAGUUCGAGUGGCACUGAAAUGUAACAUGGAAUUUUGUUGCGUAUUUCAAUAAUUGUGUAUCCAUGUAAUAUGGCAAAUUUAACUUCUUAAUUUUGCCGUAA